GUGCUCGUGUCCUCGCUGUCAAAUUAGCUGAGCCACACAUCGCAGUUAGCUGCUAGCUGUAGCUACCUCUCCGUGUCCGUGUGCACAUUCAACCAAGCAGCGGCGUCACAUACACGGUGCGCUUCAGAAUUCGGAAUGUCGGCCAGUGAUGACUCUGUCGACAUGACCAGAACAGGCUCCCCUGUUCACCACAGAAAAAAACACAGCAUGGAGUCAUCAAGAUCUCCUAGAAGCUCCAAACACCACCAUUCGCGGUCAAGGUCACGGUCCAGGGACCGAAAACGUGACAGAAAAUACAGACGGAGUCGCAGCAGGAGCAAAGAGGCACGAAAGAGAGACUCCGAGAAGCCGUCAAAAUCGCACAGAAAAACAGAUGAGCAGCAAGAACAAGAGAGACUGUCAGCAGAGAAUGGAGAGGAGCGUUCCAGACGCAAAGACAGGAGGCCCUCCAAAGGCCGGAGCAUGUCCAGGUCGCACUCACGAGAGAGACGGCAUCACAGUAGAAGUAGGGACAAGCGGCGGUCACGAUCACGCAGCCGGGACAGGAAGAAGAAGGCACGGUCUCGCUCAGGUUCAAGGACCAAACAUCGUCAUCACAGUAGAAGUCGCAGUAAGAGCAGGGAGCGAAAGAAAAGGACUGAAAAAGUGCGCAGAAAGAGUCGAAGCAGGUCUGUUAACCCACCGCUCUUGCGGGGCAGAAACACAGCUAUGGAUGCACAAGAGGCCCUGGCCAGAAGGCUGGAGCGAGCCAAGAAACUACAGGAGCAAAAGGAGAAGGAAAUGAUUGAGAAGCAGCAGCAGCAACAGCAGGACAUCACUGCAGUAGCUGCGCCUAUAGCAGCAGCUGCUGCAGCUGCUUCAAACCCUGCCCUCAAUGUGGCGGCUCUCCUGGCCUCUGGGACACAGGUCACACCACAGAUUGCCAUGGCGGCUCAGAUGGCAGCCCUACAGGCAAAAACUCUGGCAGAGACUGGUAUUGCUGUGCCGAGCUACUACAACCCAUCUGCUGUAAAUCCCAUGAAGUUUGCAGAGCAGGAGAAAAAGAGAAAGAUGCUAUGGCAGGGAAAGAAGGAGGGGGACAAGUCCCAGACGACUGAGCUGUGGGAGAAGCUAAACUUUGGAAACAAGGACCAAAAUGUUAAAUUUCGCAAACUUAUGGGUAUUAAAGGAGAGGAUGAGGCUGAAGUUUCCAAACCACUCAACGAUGACGGCUUGAAGACUCUGCAAAAACAGGAAGAGAUGUUCCGGAACCUUGACGUUCAAUAUGAAAUGGCCCGGUCUCAGACACACACCCAGAGGGGAAUGGGCCUCGGCUUUACGUCCUCAUUCUCACGUGGAAUGGAUUCUAUCUAGUGCCAAACCUAGACUGUCAGUGUUGCUCAUCUGGUCAUGUAGGACUGCCAAUUCAUCGCUAGCUUUAAGGCUUGCAUGGAUGUUGCUCUGAAUCUGUAAUUUAUUUAUGGACAAACAUCUCCGUUAUUGGAACAUUAUUAAAAUGUAAAUAGCCAGACGCUGAGUUUGUCUCAGUGAUGAUUCAUCUGUACAUCUUCUGUAAAGGAAGCAUCAGUCUGACUCACUGAUGCUAGUUAGAAUUAGAUUUUUGUUUUGAAUGAUGUAUUAGUUUUUUGUUUUUUAACUGAAAUAUAUUGAUAUGUGAUUGUUGGAACAAAAACUGAUUAUAAUGUGGUUUAAGUGAAAACAAUUUAUAUCCACUUAGCAAAAUGCUACUGAGGUCGGUGUCAUUACCAGAAUGGAUUAAUUUCUACGGACUGGGAAAAACUUAACUGGGCUGUGGUACACAUUUGUCUCAAGACUGCCACUGAUGGAGAAAGGUCCAAGAAGAGUAAUCACAUUUCCGAUAUUCUUGAAAUAAAUUAGUUUUGUGUUGAGUAA